AUGGGAAACCGUAUUAUUAUACCAUCUUCUUUUACUGGCGGCAGCCGUUACAUGCAACAAAACUACUUAGAUGCGAUGACUCUGGUUAAGUGGUUUGGUUAUCCAGAUCUUUUUUUAACCCUUACAUGUAAUCCUAAAUGGCCAGAAGUCAUUAGAUUUGUUGAAGCCGAGAAUCUUAAACCGGAAGACAGGCCACAUAUUCUGACACGAAUUUUCAAAAUUAAACUUGAUUCAUUAAUCAGUCAAUUGAAGGAUGAAAAAACUUUGGGUGAAGUCGCUGGAGUUGUAUAUAUGAUUGAGUUUCAAAAGAGGGGCCUGCCACAUUGUCAUGUAUGUCUGUUUUUGGAAAAAAAUUCUAAAAUUCCAAAUCCUGAAGACAUAGACCAUGUUAUAUGUGCUGAAUUGCCAGACAAGGAUAGUGAACCUGAUUUGUAUCAGAUUGUUUGUGAUAACAUGAUACACGGACCUUGUGGCAACGAUCAACCAUUUAUGCCGUGUAUGAAAAAAGGCAAAUGUUCAAAACGAUUUCCAAGGGAAUAUACCGAUCAUACGUAUAUUGAUGAAGAUGGUUAUCCUAUUUACCGGAGACGUAACGAUGGAAAUAAUGUCCUUAAAAAAGGUGUUUCUUUAGACAACAGGAAUGUUGUUCCAUAUAAUAAGAUCCUUAUGAAACAAUAUCAAGCUCACAUGAAUCUAGAGUGGUGUAACCAAGUUGGAUCGAUAAAGUAUCUUUUUAAGUAUAUUAACAAAGGACCACCGGAUAGGAUAACAACAUCUAUUGUUGAUCCAACAAAAAAGAAAAAACAACAAAUAGAAAAUAACGACCAUGACGAAAUUGGUGAGUUCUAUAACUGUUGUUAUAUUUCCGCAUGUGAGGCAUGUUGGAGGCUUUUUGGGUAUGAUAUUCAUUAUCGAACACCGCCUGUCGAAAGGUUGUCAUUUCACCUCGAACACAAACAACCUGUUGUUUUUAAACCAAACCAACAUCUUAAUCAGGUUGUUUCUAAACCGACUGUCGCCGCUUCUCAAUUUUUAGCUUGGAUGGAAUGUAACAAGCAUGAUGAAGAUGCACAAAAGUUGUCAUACGUUGAAUUCCCAACUAAAUAUGUUUGGAAUAAAUCAGAUAAGAUAUGGACAAAAAGAAAAACCAAGUCCAAGGCACUCGGUCGAUUAAACCAUGUUUCUCCCAAGGCUUGUGACAUUUAUUACCUAUGGAUUUUGCUGAACAAAAUCAAGGGUCCUACAUGCUAUGAAGAUAUCAAGACAAUUAACGGAACUGUACAUGACUCUUACAAAGAUGCUUGCUAUGCUCUUGGUCUAUUAGAUGAUGAUAGAGAGUACAUUUCGUCAAUAAACGAAACACAUCAUUGGGCCACAACUUCUUUCUGCCGGUCUCUCUUUGUUAUGUUGAUUACAUCAGAUAGUUUGUCAAGUCCUGCUCAUGUUUUUGAAGAAACAUAUCAAUGUCUUUCUGAUGAUGUCAUUCACGUUCGUGAACAAGAAAUCGGCGUCAGAGGCUUGAAGUUAAAAGAGGAUGCAAUUUUCAACCUUACCUUGUCAUACAUCGAGAAAUCAUUAUUGAGCUGUGGAUUGAGUUUGAAGCAAAUACCAAAUAUGUCGUUUCCUGAUCAUAGAUACAUUCAAGAGUCAUGCAAUAUGUUAAUUCAAGAUGAGCUUAACUAUGAUCCUGGUGUUAUUGAAGUUGAGCAUCAAGAUUUGUAUUCCAAAUUAAAUGUCGAGCAAAAAAAUGUUUAUCACACCAUUAUGAAUGCGGUUAACAACAACCAAGGUGGUGUCUUUUUCCUUUAUGGUUACGGAGGAACCGGAAAAACAUUUGUUUGGAAGACCUUGUCUGCUACUAUUAGAUCCAAAGGUGAAAUUGUUAUCAACGUUGCUUCAAGUGGAAUUGCAGCACUAUUGCUCCCUGGUGGUAGGACAGCGCAUUCAAGAUUUAUUAUCCCAAUUAACUUGACCGAGAAUUCAUUUUGUUCUAUCGCGCCAGACAGUGAUCUUGCUGCACUACUUAACAAAGCGAGACUUAUCAUUUGGGAUGAAGCUCUGAUGAUGCACCGUCAUUGUUUUGAAGCAUUUGAUAGGACGCUUAGAGACAUUAUCCGUUCAUCUGACAGGAAUAAAGUGUUUGGCGGCAAGACCAUUGUAUUUGGAGGUGACUUUAGACAAAUUCUUCCAAUAAUACAAAGAGGUAAUCGUUCGGAUAUUGUGCAGGCAUCGUUACAUUCAUUAAGAUUAUGGGGUGAAUGUAAUAUUGGUGGUCCUAAUGAUGGUGAAACUGAAGUUGAAUUUCUAGAAGAUGUUAUCAUUCGCUCUACAGGUGACCAUAUUCAUUCAAUUGUAUCGACCAUUUAUCCUUCUUUUGAAAACCAUCUUGAUGACCCAUCAUAUUUUCAAUAUAAGGCUAUUUUGGUUCCUACAAAUGAAGAAGUUGAUGCUAUCGAUGACUACAUGUUAGGAUUGAUGAAAGAAGAAGGGAAAAAUUAUCUAAGUUCAGAUUCUUUAUGUGAGACAGAGUCAACAGAUUGUUUUGAGGAAUCAGUUUACUCUCCGGAUGUACUGAAUGCUUUUAAGGCAUCUGGAAUUCCCAACCAUAAACUCACAUUAAAAACAGGUGUUCCGUUCAUGUUGCUUCGUAAUAUUGACCAAACCAAAGGUCUAUGCAAUGGUACAAGGUUACAAAUAGUUAGGCUUGGAAAACAUGUCGUUGAGGCACACAUUAUAGCUGGUAGAUUCUUCAAUGAGACUACUUAUAUACCUCGCAUGAAGUUAACUUCAUCUGAUAAAAGAAUCCCCUUCCGUUUUCAGCAGAGACAAUUUCCCGUAGCUGUUUGUUUUGCCAUGACCAUUAACAAGAGUCAAGGGCAGUCAUUAUCAACUGUUGGAUUGUAUUUACGUAGACCUUUCUUUACUCAUGGUCAGUUAUAUGUAGCUGUAUCUCACGUGACAAGUAAAAAAGGCUUGAAGGUACUCAUAUGUGAUGAGGAAGGUCGUCAAACCAAUAAAACAAAAAAUGUUGUGUACAAGGAGGUCCUUCUACGAUUAUAG